AAAACGAAUCCCACGAAGAAGAAGAGAGAACUGAAAACAAAGAGAGUCGUCGUUUCUGCGUUGGCUGCUUUGUGUUUAAUCUCGAUUGGCAAGAAAAGUAUCCUAAAUUCAACACGUAACAGAGACGCACAAACAGAUUGAUAGAUAGAGAGAUUGAUAGGCAGAGCUUGGUAACGAUGGUAACAAAGUUUAUGAGAAUAUGCUGUUAUUGUUGAAAUGGGUAGAUUAUUAUUCACCAACUUGAAGCUACCAUUAUCGUUGAGUCGCUGCUUUCACUUGCGAUCCAAGUCUACCACCGCAAUCAUCAUCAAUUCACCUUCUUUCUUGCGCUUAUCUAAGCGCUUUACCUGACCAUGAACCUCUCCCCUAAACCCUCUCUUGGAUCUCCCGCGAAGAUCCCCUUUCAGUUUCUUCACCGUCGUUUAUUCUUCCUCUCCCAUCCCGAUGGACCCCACGUCUCGCCCUGCUGUCGUCAUCGAUAAUGGCACCGGGUAUACUAAAAUGGGUUAUGCGGGAAAUGUUGAGCCAUGUUUUAUUUUACCAACAGUAGUUGCUCUCAACGAGUCGUUUCUAAAUCAAUCUAGGAAUUCUUCAAAAACGAAUUGGUUAGCGCAGCAUAGCGCGGGGGUUAUGGCCGAUCUAGACUUUUUAAUCGGAGAAGAGGCGAUUGCCAAAUCGAGAUCGAGUAAUAUUUAUAAUCUUAGUUAUCCUAUGAAACAUGGUCAGGUCGAUAAUUGGGAUGCCAUGGAAAGGUACUGGCAGCAGUGUAUAUUCAAUUAUUUGCGCUGCGAUCCAGAGGAACAUUACUUUCUUUUGACCGAAAGCCCGCUUACUGCACCGGAGAGUCGCGAAUACACCGGUGAGAUUAUGUUCGAGACAUUUAAUGUUCCUGGGCUUUAUAUUGCGGUCAAUUCUGUGCUUGCUCUAGCGGCUGGGUACACAACAUCCAAGUGUGAGAUGACAGGAGUUGUAGUGGAUGUUGGAGAUGGAGCUACUCAUAUCGUACCUGUUGCUGAUGGUUACGUUAUUGGGAGCAGCAUUAAGUCGGUUCCUAUUGCUGGAAAAGAUGUUACUCUCUUUAUCCAGCAGCUUAUGCGGGAAAGAGGGGAAAAUAUACCACCUGAAGAUUCCUUUGAUGUAGCUCGAAAAGUGAAGGAAAUGUAUUGCUACACUUGUUCUGACAUUGUUAAGGAGUUCAACAAGCAUGAUAAAGAACCAGGCAAGUAUAUUAAGCACUGGAGAGGUAUUAAACCCAAAACGGGGGCGCCAUAUUCCUGUGAUGUUGGCUAUGAACGUUUUCUUGGACCUGAGGUUUUCUUUAAUCCAGAGAUAUAUAGCAGUGACUUCACCACUCCAUUGCCAGCUGUAAUAGACAAGUGUAUUCAAUCUGCGCCAAUUGAUACAAGGAGGGCAUUAUAUAAGAAUAUAGUGUUGUCUGGGGGAUCAACCAUGUUCAAAGACUUUGGCAGAAGGUUGCAACGGGAUCUGAAGAAGAUUGUGGAUUCACGGGUUCUUGCAUCUGAAGCUAGACUGGAUGGGGAAGUGAAAUUACAACCAGUUGAAGUAAAUGUGGUCAGCCAUCCCAUCCAGAGAUUUGCUGUUUGGUUUGGAGGUUCAGUUCUUGCAUCAACACCUGAAUUUUUUGCGGCUUGCCAUACAAAAGCGGAAUAUGAGGAACAUGGAGCUAGCAUAUGUCGCACAAAUCCUGUUUUCAAGGGAAUGUAUUAAUCCAAAGAUCCAGUUGGGCAUAUGAUUCGAUAGGCAUUUUCAGAUGGCAAAUUUCUUUGGAAUGAAACCAUUUCCACUUCCAUUAUGUGCCUCAAUUCACUUCCCUCGUUGCAUCUUCCCGGUUGUCCAUUCAUAUUUGUGUCGUGGGUUGUGAGAGGUGGUGUAAAAUAUGGGCACGCUCUAUUUUAAUUGUAACAGAGAAGUUUGUAUUGAUUCUUUCAUUGGUUACCUGGGGUCUCUCAAAAUCUUAGGAUGGCAGUUAAUUUGUUGUUGCUAAUAGGCCCUGCUACUGCUAGGAACUGUCAUUUAGGGAAAAAACGUAGUUGAGCUGAAUUUUUAACCUUCAGCUCAGUUAGAUUAUGAAAAUGAUUUUUCACUCUCUUUACCUUUUGUUGUGAAUGAUAAUAACACUAUAAAUAUUCAUUCAUUUGCUUGAGUUGGAUAAUGAAGCUACUAGUUGCAAUUAGAAAUA